AAGGAUGGGGUCCUCAAGCAACCGCGCUCUCCUGCACAUGGUGGUGGUCUCUUUGGCUGUUACCCAAACAGGUGCUGGCUCACAUUCACUGCGCUAUUUCCACACUGCUGUGUCACGGCCUUGUCGUGGGGAGCCCCAGUAUAUCUCUGUGGGCUACGUGGACGACAUGCAGUUUCAGCGCUGUGAUAGCAUUGAGGAGAUUCCGAGGAUGGAGCCACGUGCACCUUGGAUGGAGAAGGAAAGACCAGAGUACUGGAAGGAGCUGAAACUGAAGGUCAAGAACAUUGCACAAAGUGCCAGAGCAAACCUUCGGACCUUGCUCCGCUACUACAACCAGAGUGAAGGCGGUCCAAAUCCUGCUGGUGGGCGGAACCAGGGGAGGUGGCCCAGGCUGACACCCUGGUUGUGGCUAGGCUCUCACAUCCUGCAGUGGAUGGUUUCCUGUGAGGUAGGGCCAGACAUGCGCCUUCUUGGAGCCCACUAUCAGGCUGCGUAUGAUGGCUCGGAUUACAUCACCCUGAAUGAAGACCUGCGCACCUGGACUGCAGUGGACAUGGUGUCUCAGAUCACGAAGAGCAAGUUCGAGUCAGCAGGCACAGCAGAGUACUUCAGGGCCUAUGUGGAGGGAGAGUGCCUGGAGCUGCUUCACAGAUUCCUGCAGAAUGGCAAGGAGAUUCUUCAGCGAGCAGAUCCCCCAAAGGCACAUGUGGCCUAUCACCCUAGACCUGACGGUGAUGUCACCUUGAGAUGCUGGGCCUUGGGCUUCUACCCUGCUGAUAUCAUCCUGACCUGGCAGAGGGACGGAGAGGACCUGACCCAGGACAUGGAGCUUGUGGAGACGAGGCCUUCAGGGGAUGGGACAUUCCAGAAGUGGGCAGCUGUGGUGGUGCCUUCUGGAGAGGAGCAGAGAUACACAUGCUAUGUGCACCAUGAGGGGCUACCUGAGCCCUUUGCCCUGAAAUGGGGAAGGUCUUCUCAAUCAUCUGUCGUCACCGUGGUCAUCAUUGCUAGUCUGGUUCUCCUGGGAAGUGUUCUCACUAUUGUGGUGUGCAAGAGGAGGGGUGCAGGGGAAAGAUGCAUCAAUUAUACUCAGACUGCCAGCAGGAACAGUGAUUAAGGCUCUGAUGCUUCUUUCACCAUUUAGAAAGGAUAAUUCUAUGGAAGUGAUGGUGCCACUGACAUUCAAUGUGGAUCUUUCCUCCUCAGUGGAAUUUUCCAGAGACAUCUUCACAGAAAUUGCCAGAUUUGUGUUCAAUGUGGCUCUAAAGCCAUAGCAAUCAUGUAAUUCUCUCAUGAGCCAUUGUGUUAACUGACUCACUUUGCAUGAUGUGGGGUGGGAUCCUUCUUGAUAAAUGGUCCUAUUACUGAGACAACUCCAUGUUUAGGAUUCUUCUCAAUGAACUUUUAACAUCCUUGUUUCUCAGACUAUAAAUGAAGGGAUUCAGAGUGGGUGUUACCAGAGUAUACAUGACAGCAGCUACCACCUCCUCAGAGGAACGAGAACUAGAUGGGGGCUUCAGGUAGGUAGCAAAGACUGUGCUGUAGAAAAGGAGGACCACAGAGAGGUGGGAACUGCAUGUGGACAAUGCUUUCCUUUUCCUCUGUGCUGAUGGAACUUUAGCCACAGCAUAAAAAAUACAACCAUAAGAACUUACAAUGCAGAUAACUGCACUGAUUCCUAAAAUUCCAACCAAAACUAUCACCAGGAUUUUAUUGAGGUGAGUAUCUGAGCAGGAGAGCAAUAAGAGAGGCCCAAAUUCACAGAAGAAAUGAGGAAUCUCUUGAUUGGUAUGAAAAUAUAACUUAGAAAGCAACAAAGUAUGGGUCAGAGACACACAAUUAGUUACUCCCCAUGACCCACCGACCAGAACCCCACAUCUAAAAGGAGUCAUGAGAACUGAGUAGCGCAGUGGGUGGCAGAUAGCAGCAUAGCGGUCAAUAGCCAUGACUGCUAGAAGCAGGUUAUCCAUAUCAGCAAAAACAGCAAAGAAGUACAACUGAGUCAGGCAUCCAGAGAAUGAGAUUGAUCCAUCUCCAGUCCACAGAGCCUCCAGCAUUUUAGGGGCUGUGGUGGUGAUGAAGCAAAGAUCCACAAGUGAGAGCUGACUGAGGAAAAAAUACAUGGGGGUGUGGAGGUGGACAUCAGCACCAAUAGCUAACAGAAGUAGCAGGUUCCCUAAAAUUCCCAGCAAGUAGACAACAAGAAAGAUGCUAAAGAGGGGCUGCCAUUUCUCUCGUUCACUAGACAGUCCCAAGAGGAUUAAUGUAGGAGCCUGACUGCAGUUCAUCCUGGGUCUUGUAUUUUAAGAAGAAAUUGGUAUGAAGACAAUUUUCUCAGUGCAGGCAAGAAUUGGCACCAACCCAAUCUUUGUCCUUUGGCAGUGGGUCUCCCUCACAGCACUGAUUGAGCAAUGGAAACUAGAAUAGCAAAGGGAAGGACAAGACUUGCAGUUUAUUAAAAAUGGCUCCCUAGGGAGACAUAAAGACAAUUUGUUGAAUGUUUUCUAGCAGUUCUCCUGGUGAAAGCUAUGCUAUUUAACCAUUGUGUUGCAUGAUAAAAUAAGAAUUUUCCUAUGACUAUUUUUGAUUCUGAUUUCUUUUAAGACAGAGACUAUAUAUUAAGUACUUAACUUCGUGCUGUGCUGAAAGUGGGAUUUCAGUGCUCCUGUCCUUCCUGUCCACUACCCUGGUCACACC